AUGGGAGGGAGCCUGGCCAUGUGCGACACAACGGAGCCCACGGCGCCAUGUCUCCUACACCACAACGGCAACCCACACGGACCCCUGGGAGGUCUGAUGAUCCCAGUAUUCUGUGUGGUGGAGCAGGCAGGGCCUGGUGGGGGGAUGCAACGUGAGGAGGUGGAGAGGAGUGAGGGCCACAGAGAGGAGCAUGCUGAGUUUGUCCUGGUCAGGAAAGACAUCCUCUUCAACCAGCUGGUGGAGACGGCCCUGCAGGCCCUGGGGUACUCCCACAGCUCUGCUGCUCAGGCCCAGGGCAUCAUCAAGGUGGGUCAUUGGAACCCUCUGCCCAUCCACUUCCUAACAGACGCUCCUGAAGCCACAGUGGCUGACAUGCUGCUGGACGUCUAUCACAUGGUCACUCUCCACAUACAGCUACAGAGCUUUGCCAAGCUGGAGGAUCUUCCGUCAGAGCAGUGGAACCACGCCACGGUGAGGAACGCUCUUAAGGAGCUUCUCAAGGAGAUGAACCAAAGCACACUGGCUAAGGAGUGCCCUCUGUCACAGAGUAUGAUUUCCUCGAUAGUAAACAGCUCCUACUAUGCCAAUGUCUCCACUGCCAAAUGCCAGGAGUUUGGACGCUGGUACAAGAAGUAUAAGAAAAUCAAAGGAGAUUAUCAGGAGAAGAUGUGGCCAGGAAGAGAACAUUCUGAAAUCAAAGUGGAGAGAGACAGCCUGGCAGACUUCUAUGUCCUGGGCCAGCGUCCCCCUCCCCACCUGGCCAGCCUGGCCCAGCUCAGCCACCUCGGAGGGGGUGGAGGUGCUCUCCUCAAGGGUGGCUCCGGGGACCCCCAAAACCCCUCCCAACGCCCCCAACAACAACAACAAUCUCAACAACAACACCCCCCCUCGCCCCAUGGCCAGCACCACAACAGCCCCCCUCUACGUGGCCAGGUCCCCCCUCCCGGCCCUCCAACCUCCCUCCAACCUCUCCUCGGCCCAGGUGGGCUUCUCUCCCCCCAGCUCAGCCCUCAGCUGGUUCGACAGCAGCUAGCCAUGGCUCACCUCAUCAACCAGCAGCUAGCUGUUAGCCGCCUGCUAGCCCACCAGCACCCACAGGCCCUCAACCAGCACUUCCUCAACCACCCUCCCAUCCCUCGCCUCUCCAAGGCAGGAGCCCCUGGGGACCCUGGGAGCAACCAGUCUGCUGCGGAGGUCUCCAUUGAUAUCUACCAGCACGUCAGGGAUGAACUGAAGAGGGCCAGCGUCUCACAGGCUGUGUUCGCCCGCGUGGCCUUCAACAGAACACAGGGCCUGCUGUCGGAGAUUCUGCGGAAGGAGGAGGACCCUCGCUCUGCCUCUCAGUCCCUGCUGGUCAACCUCAAAGCCAUGCAGAACUUCCUCAUCCUCCCUGAGGGGGAGAGAGACCGUAUUUACCAGGAGGAGCGUGAGCGCAGCAUCAACCCCUCUGUUGGCCUGCCCCCUACCCCUACCUCCAGCCCCGGGGGCCCCCGCCUCUCUCAGAAGGUGUGGGAGAGAGGUCUGGACGAGCAGCUCACUCCUGAUGCCUGGGCUGCUCUCUGGAAGAACAAGACCAAAGCCUCCUCUGUGGUGAGCAGCCCCAACCCAGACCUGCCCCUGAAGCUGGAGUCUCUGGUCAACAUCACGUCAGGUAUCUAUGAUGAGAUCCAGCAGGAGAUGAAGAGGGCCAAGGUGUCUCAGGCGCUGUUCGCCAAGGUGGCUGCCAACAAGAGCCAGGGCUGGCUGUGUGAGUUGCUGCGGUGGAAGGAGAACCCUAGCCCAGAGAACCGUACUCUGUGGGAGAACCUGUGUACCAUCCGGAGGUUCCUGACCCUGUCCAAGACAGAGAGGGACAUGGUGUAUGAAGAGGAGUCAAGGCACCACCACAGUGAGAGAGUCCACACUGUACUACACCUGCCCCAAGACCCACAGGCGCUGCACAGGCAACCCCCACAGCCCCUGAAGCACCACUCCCCCAUGCGCGAGGACCCUGUGCCCGCCCAGGGUAAUGACGAAGGGUCACAGAACGUUGAAAGAGGUGGUGGUGGUGGCUGCACGGGCGGCCCAGGAGUCGGUGGUUGCACGGUCGUUAAGAAGCCUCGGUCACGCACUAAGAUAUCUCUAGAAGCCCUGGGCAUCCUACAGAGCUUCAUCCAGGACGUGGGUCUGUACCCGGACCAGGAAGCCAUCCAUACCCUGUCAGCCCAGCUGGACCUGCCCAAACACACCAUCAUCAAGUUCUUCCAGAACCAGCGCUACCAUGUCAAGCACCACGGCCGGCUGAAGGAGCUGGGGGAGGGGGCUGGCGGCGUGGACGUCAGCGAAUACAGAGACGAGGAGCUCCUCUCCAGCUCAGAGGACCCUGAGUCCAGUGAGGAUGGUCACGAGGAGAUGUACCCCACUACUGAGAGGGAAGGAGGGGAGAGAGAGAGCAACACAGCAGGGUCAGCCCCUUCCCUGGCCCCAGCCCCAGGCGAGUCUUCAGGGACCAGCAAGGGAGCCAUGGAGGAGAGCAAGGACAAGGGGCAUUCUCAUGGUCUGGGUGGGGGCCGAGCCAGCUCCCUGCCCCCUAGUAGCUCCUCAUCCAGUCCCAGAGAACAGGCUGACUUCCAGAGAUAG